GCCCGGAACGAGACUGAUGGGCGGGAAGUUCCCCCUGAACAUGGGGAAGAGCUUCUUUGUGGAUGACCGAGCACUGGAACAAAUUGCCCAGGGAGAGUGCGGAGUCUCCAUCACUGGAGCUCAAGACAAAAGGAAGGAGGAACGUAUUAAAAUGUCACCUGAAGUGGCCUUGAACAGAAUUUCUCCAGCACUUUCGCCCUUCAUUUCCAGUGUGGUCAGAAAUGGAAAAGUAGGACUAGAUGCUACUAAUUGUUUACGGAUUACAGACUUGAAAUCUGGCUGCACAUCCUUGACCCCUGGACCAAGCUGUGAUCGUUUUAAACUACAUAUCCCUUAUGCAGGAGAAACACUCAAAUGGGAUAUAAUUUUUAAUGCUCACUAUCCUGACCUGCCGCCAGAUUUUAUCUUUGGAGAGGAUGCUGAAUUUUUGCCAGAUCCUUCUGCCUUGCACAAUUUAGCUUCCUGGAAUCCUUCAAACCCUGAAUGCCUCCUGCUUGUUGUGAAAGAGCUUUUGCAGCAAUAUCACCAAUUUCAGUGCAGCCGAUUACGGGAGAGCUCUCGUCUCAUGUUUGAGUAUCAGACUUUACUUGAAGAGCCCCAGUAUGGAGAAAACAUGGAAAUCUAUGCUGGCAAAAAAAACAACUGGACUGGAGAAUUCUCGGCUCGCUUCCUCUUGAAGUUGCCUGUCGAUUUCAGCAAUAUUCCUACAUACCUUCUCAAGGAUGUGAAUGAAGACCCUGGAGAAGAUGUUGCACUUCUCUCCGUUAGUUUUGAGGAUGCAGAAGCUACUCAGGUUUUUCCUAAGCUGUACCUCUCCCCACGUAUUGAACAUGCCCUUGGAGGAUCAUCUGCCCUUCACAUCCCAGCCUUUCCUGGUGGAGGUUGUCUCAUUGACUAUGUACCCCAAGUAUGCCAGCUGCUAACAAACAAGGUACAAUAUGUUAUUCAGGGAUACCAUAAGAGAAGAGAGUACAUUGCAGCUUUCCUGAGUCACUUUGGAACUGGUGUGGUGGAAUAUGAUGCAGAAGGAUUCACAAAGCUUACUCUGUUGCUGAUGUGGAAAGACUUUUGCUUCCUUGUUCACAUUGACCUUCCCCUGUACUUUCCUCGAGACCAGCCAACCCUAACGUUUCAGUCCGUCUACCACUUCACUAACAGUGGCCAGCUGUACUCCCAGGCCCAGAAGAAUUACCCAUACAGCCCCCGAUGGGAUGGCAAUGAAAUGGCCAAGAGAGCAAAGACAUAUUUCAAGACAUUUGUCCCUCAGUUCCAGGAGGCAGCAUUUGCUAAUGGGAAGCUUUAGGCAGCUUCGGGCAUGGAAACUAUACUGGACAGAUCCUUCAAUCUGCACAUGUCAGCCCAGAAGAAGAAUGCCUGGAAAUGGAUUGGACUAUCUUGAUAGGUGCUUUUUUGCCUCUGAAGUGGUUUUGGUAGCUUCAGUUUUUGAAACAAAGACCUCACUAGCAUGCUUAGAACUGAAUAUUUGAUAUUAGCCCUGCCCCUUUGUCUCUGCCACCACCAUUCCUCUAUGUAUCUGUUGGAUUAAAUUUAAAAGGGCAUGUAUUGAUAUGAUAACACUUUCUUGUGCCAACAAUUUCAUGUAUGUUAUGCCUUGUUUCCUUGUCUUCAGGUGGUCUAAAUUGUAUUUUUUUCCCCCAUGGAAGUAUGAUGUAGUGUGUAUAUUUAGUUAACAUUUUCAGCUUAUCCUAAGAAAACAUAAAACUGCCAUAUGUACCGGGAAUGCUUCAUGGACUGUGCAGUGCCAUAUUCUGCCUUGGAGGUUUGCGUCUCACUGUGCUUGUUACUCUCACAGGUAUGGAUAUGAGUUGCACACUUCAACUCUCAGUGCCUUUCCAGUUGGUCUGAAGUUAAUAUGGCAAGGUGUUUGAGGUUUGGUGGUUUUUCUGAUACUUCUGUUGAAAGCUCAUCUUAUGUGAAAUGCUAGGCUUUUAUGGUUUGUUUUUAUUUCCAGUUGUACAAUUUUGGUGUUUUCCUAAUGAGCACCCCGUGCCAUUACAAAAAAGUUCUGCUUCUUUAGUACCAACAUGCGAGUAACUAGUUAUAUAAAUCAGUAUAACAAAAUAAAGCUCUUUCAUAGACCUGUAAUUUUUCCAAAUAAGAUAAAUACUGCUAAGAAGCAAACUUUAAACAAAGGAAUGAAUGAUGUCUUGGAAAAUAACUGAUGAAAUAACAUAGGGUCUGUAGGUAUUGAGCUUAAUGCUUAAGUUCAACAUAUCUUCUCAGAAAUUAUUUUUAGGUGUAUAUAACUGGAAACAUUACCUCCCCUAAUUCUGAAAUGCCAAACACAAAAUCCCAGCUAUUCAUCCUUUCUUUCCUGCUUGUGUCAGGCGCACCAGUUGGGACUAAUGGUCACGAUGUCACUUCCCCAAUUAAUUUGUGAACAGACCAAGGUACUUUCCAGUAAGGAAUAAAAUUAACGGAGUGUGUUGCUUAUAAAUGGUAUCUGGAAAAUGUGCCCUACUUCUGCUAAAUACAAGGAACUAAAUGAAUAGUACGCAGAUGAUACAGUGGAACUGGAAAACAUUUAAUUUUAAAUUAUUCACUAUAGCACCACAUGCAAGGAAAUCUCAUCAAACUACUUGAUUGGCAGUAUUCUCCUACCCUUUCUAUAACUUGUUAUUUCACAUGAAAAAUAGUGCUUUUCAGGGUUUAUAUUCACCUAGGAAAUACAGAUGGGUUUUGAGUAGUGAAGCUUAACAAUUAAGAAUUAUACAAAUAAUUCACCUCUAAAAACUACAGGUAUUUUUAGCUAGUUUGUGGGGAAAUUUUAAUUUAAUACUGAAGUUUUUGGCUGAAAAUUAAGCUGCAAACAAAAUCAGAAGUUUUAUUUUAAGUCUGCAGAGGAGAUAUAUUCUGUCCUGUGACCCACCCCUUUGUGACUCUCAGUGCAUUAUCUGAGGACUGUCAACAGUUUCAAAGGUCUGAGCCUGAAUUCCCUCUGUGGAGACAUUGCAUGAGGCUUUUGCAUGCUUAGAGCAGAUGUGGAAGGUAAUGGUUCUAUGUGAAUAGCAAAAUCAUAACUGAACAACCUCAGGUGACUUAAGAACAAAAUAUUGUUUAGUAUACUGGGAUGAUCUCACAUCUACAUUUCUUCAGGUCAAAGCCAGAGACACAUACUCAAGAGUAAGCCAACCUUGUGAAUGGGGUGGGAGAAGGCAGGUGGCUAAUGGAAAACAUUUGUUCUCAUAGUGUUCAAAAUCUGAUAGAAACAAUCUCUAGCCGUCUUCAAAAGGUAUAAACCAAACCCUUAAGUUGCAUCAGUACAUUCCUGGAAUCUUACAUUUUAUAACUUUGCCUUUGAUUCAGUGUUGUAGUGAUUGCCCCAUGAACACAGUGUGUGCUUUAUAUACCUGAUUGCCCAAGUGGCACCAGUAUUUUUUUUAUCUUUUCAGAAGUUAUUGUCAUUCAAAGGCUAGCAAUUGCACAGUAGUUUGAAAAGAGGUCCACCCUUCAGAAUUUAGGUUUGUUUUCAACCAAAAAUGCAUCCUUCACCUCAGUCCUAGUUGUUUUGGACAAUGAACCGCUUUAUUAUUGAAGAGUUUUAGAGCCAUGAAAGAGAAUAUUUUGAGGGUACAAAAAGCCUAAACCAGCAAUUAAUUGUGCUGAAUUCAAUAGUUUCACCAACUUUUCACUAACAUACAUAGAAACAAAUCAAUAGUUUCAGUCUAAUUUUAAUGUCAUGCUACAAUUGGUAGUAUUUUGGGAAAAAAAGGUAGAAAAGAUGAAAAACUGUACUGUUUGUGUUUAAUGUAAGUCUAUCAAUUUUUAGAUUAGAAGAAAAGGUGGUUUUGUUACACUUAAUGAACAUUUUCUUUAUUUCAAAGCCAUCCUGCACUCUUUGACCUACAUGGUAUUUUAUGGAUCCCUUUCUAAUAGUUCUCAGAAGUAUUGGGUGUUAGCUCUCCAAGUGGGGUAUUGAGAGGAGAGACACUGGAAUGAAUGAAAGCUUCUCUCCAGAAGAAUUUCCAUUUAAAUACUAUACCAGAAGAGAGGAUUAGUUUGAAUAAUUUUAUAUCACACCAAGUAUCCAUUGAAGGCAUUUAAGUUAGCUAUGAAGGCUGGGAUAAUGAGUUGUAGUUAUUUCUGUUAUCUCCUGUUUUAUAAUUUCCAUUGUGGCCAGUUUAACGGCCCUGAGACUCUCAGCGCUUCCUUCCCUAUUAUGUGAUAUGUGCAGUUGAAGGGAGCAGUCAGACCUAGGCUAUUUUCCUUUGCUUAUGAGAACCACAGAACACAGGAGAAAAAGAGCAAUGUUGCAAAGGUAUCAAAAAGCCUAAACUCUGCUCUGUCCUAGUUUUGACUGAAAGAAUGUGGUAAGUCUUGAGUUACUAAGCCCUCCUAAUGCACGGUUUUCCAAAGGUCCUUAAAUCACAAACUUAGAGUCAAGCCUUCAUUCGUCUGCAUACACAAUCCACUGUGCUAGAAGUAAUACCAAAUCUUAGGAUUCAAAGUCAGACUUUCGUCAACUUACUGGAAAGACCAGACAAACAGCUGGAAGAAUAAAUAAAAGUUAACUAUACCAUACAUGGCUUGGCCUUCAUUGAUCUUUCCAUUGUCCUGGCCACUGCUUUGUUGAUUGGCACUUUUCAUUUGCUGAAUCUGCACUCCCAUUCAUACAGAGAGUAGACUUGAGUCAGUUUUUGAGAAUAGAACAUUGCUGGAGCUAGCACAGAUCUGUGCAUUGUUAAACCCUCCCUAGGGAUGUUUCUGUGUAUAUUCCCUUUCUCUAAUCCUGUCCAGAGCCUACAGCAAUAAGCAUCUUUGGUGACUCAGUCAGUGGAUGAGAUUUAGCCAUAAAGUACAGUGCUUUAAGUCUCACUUCAGGUGGUUUUACACAGAGCUUUCUUACCUAGGAAAGAGAGGAUUAAAUCUUGAGUACUCUCCAUUGAGCAGUGCCCCCUAAUACCAAGGCUGGGGGUUUAGCAGAGCUCAGAAACCUGUUUUAAGUGAUGAGUAGGGACUGCAGCUUAGACAUCCUUCUGUGUCAGUACUCUUAACCAGAGAAGCAGCAGGCAACAGAAACCUGUAGCAGCACGUGAGGGUCACCGGUGCAGGUGUGAAAUACAUUUCUAGCACUGUGUCUGUGCAGCUGUGGUACAUGCAGAUGAAGGGACGAGUCCUUUGUCAGUAGAGGAGGGAGUUUCUUACCUUUCUAGCUUUGUGAGAAAGAUGUGCUGCAAGGAGGUAGCAAGCUUUGGACACAACUCAUGACCAUGAUUCUUAAUUAUGGGGCGCUGUUCCUUGCCCUGUGAAGCAAAUGAAGUCUGUGACCAAACUGAACUGCCAGUGAACAUUCUUCCCUUAAAUUGCUUAUGUCUCUGUAAUUGAUGUAUUGUAAUGCUCAUUAAACCUAAAGGUACUCUUACUUCUUAAAUGUUACUGAAAAUCCCUUAAGUCAUCUCCUUUUCAGUUUUUAUUUUCAGGUAUCUGUCCUCUUCUGGGGCAAUUUUGCUUCAUCCUUACUAGUUACUGCUGGUUUUAGCAAACUUGAGUUCUUUUUUUUGACAAGGCAACAAGGUGUAUGCCAACAUCUUGUGAGCCUACAUUAAGUGUAGAACUAUGUGCUGUAAAAAUAAGUAGAAGCUGUUUUUUAUUUACUAAGCCAAGUGUUGUGUUCUCCACAACAGAAGAAUUCUGAGGAAAGGCUGUUACCAGAGCAGAGAGGAUAAUCAUGCUGAUGGCACUGGGUACAUUUUUUUUUUACCAAAUCUUCAUUUAAUUUCCAUGUUAGCAAAUUAGCGGGGGCAAGGUGAAUUGUCCCUUCCUGCAGGAAGCCUAAAUAAAGCACUGAUCAGACACCAUUUUAUCUUGUUUAUACUUUUCAUCAAUAGGGUUUUCCCCUACAGGGAAAGACAGUAAAAGUCUGAAAAAUGUCUACAAACAGUGCAGGGUUUUUGUAAGAUUUUAAUUUACUGAUUUCUGUAGAUUCAGAGAAUAAUUUCAGACUUUGUUCUUGAGAAAGGUAAACACAAAUAUCAGAAACAUGCAAGUAAUUUUAGCUAUGUAGGAAAUAAAAAUCUGGCAGUCUAAGUAUUAUUUUGCAACAACUCAAGAGUUCUGCCAUGUAUUUCUGAGCAUAUGCCUUGAAAGGCCAUGGCAUAUUGGUGAUUUUAGUCCUGCUUUUCUUAUUCUGUUCCCUGUCUGAUGUUAAAAAGCUCAGGUCUUGGUUCCAAGGCACUGCACAAACACCAUUUUGUUAAAGUGGUAGUUACCAAGCAAAAAGGCAAGGGGGAAAACCAAUAUUGGCUGCUGAAAAUAGGCCUUAAAUCAUCAAGAAAUCAGAAAGGAAGCAAGGUAUGGCAGCUGCCCUGCCACUUGCUGAGUCUACAAUAUAUGGGCCUUUAAAUGUGCCCCCAGUACAAAAUACAGGAGGUUUUUCUUGCAGUGCUAAGGAAUAAAUGCAGUUUUAAACAACAGGAAGUAAAGCAAGCAUUUCAUUGCAAAAUACACACUACGAGUCUAAAGUUAUUUGUGUCUACAGCUCCCCGUGUUUCUCCUGUCAUCAGAAAGGUUGAAGAAUUAAUGCCUUGUGCUGCAGCUGCCCGCAGUGAAAAUUGAUCCUUGGGGUACUCCAUGUUUUCAUCCAACUCUAGUUAAACCCUAAUGAUGCUUUUUCUGUCCCUGAGGAUGGCAAAGCAGUACCAGGGAACAGCAAAUCUUACACUGUCAGGGGUUUCUGUUCCACUGCUGCUCCAUUUCAAGCCCUUGAUUUGGGUGGGGCAAGUACUCUGUAAGCCUUCAAGCCUGCCAGCAAUCAGGGUACAUUUUAUUUCCUCGUUGUUUAUUUGAAAUGGUUCAAGCUGAUCCUAAUUUGACAUCCUGUUUCCCUUAUUCCACUGUCCCUUUCAGCAAAAUUUUUUCAGGACUAGUUUAAAACCCAGAGCUGUCGAGGUUAUUUGUGUCUUUCGAAGGGGAUGUAGCACUGGUGCAAGAGUAGCAACUGGAGGUUGGAGUCGUGUGUUUCUUCUCUGAACUGCAGUGUCAGCAGCAGCCCAAGCGUUGCACACCCCUCCCAGCAAACCUCAGCUGAACUCGGUGUGAUGGGCUGGCAACCUGGGGUGCCAAAAACCCAGACCCAUUUCUUGCGUUUCCUCAGAGGAGCAGCAGAAGGGCCUCUGCUGGCUCAGGUGCUGUGUGUAGCUUGUGAGAUCCCGGCUGCAGGAGGUAACGGGCUUUGGUUGCUCAUCAGAUGGGACUAGGUUCAUUUUUGUGCCCAACAACACAGGAGCUGUGCCAGGGGGAAAUGCCACCCUGCUGAUGCUGCCGAGGCCAGGCGUUUCCUCUUUAUGCCUUGAUAGGAAAAGGCAGCCAUAAAAUCCAGCUGCAACUCAAGUACAGCCCUGCCAGCUAGGGGUGAUUUCUUGUGUGUUUUGGCCAACUGAGCCUGCUCUCUGAUGAAAUAGACAGUAUUGGCAUGCUGUGUUUCCUAGACUUUCUGCACUCACCUCCCUGUCCCUUGUAUCCAGUAGUUGCUGUGUCUCAUCACACCCAUUCGCCUCUUGACCGUAGGGGAGCUCUUGGGCAGCUCACAGGUGAACCAGGAAAGAGGAUGGCAUCUGCUGGUUUCAGCAAGAAGGAGGUGAGUUUGGGUGAAUGAGUUUGGACUGUGAGAAUUUGGCUCGUCUUCCUCAGAGCACCCACAGCCCUGGUAGCCAAGAAGAAAUGACAGCUUCUGUCUAAUGGGGUCAGAUAGUAAAUGGAGCCGUUUCCGCACAGUGGUGGCUGGUAUAUAAUUAUACACUGGGCCGUGGCGUGGCUGGUCCUAAUAGCACCCGGGACUCCUGGGAGUGACUCAGCUGCUGCUUGGGGCUAAUUAUGGGCAGGUUGCAUGAAAAACCCCCACAACUUGAUCCUGCCUUCCUCUCCUCCAGUGGACAGGUGUUCAGCAAUGACCUGGAUUGCUCAUACGAAGCUGGGUACAUGCCUGCUCGUGAGGAGAAGGCUUUUCAGAGCAAGGCUGCGAGGAGCACUCAGAGGUGCCUGGUUUGAAGAGGAGGUGGUAUCUGUCAGAACAUUGCUCGGGCAAAUCCGAUUCCCUCUCUGGCAUUACCCAUUGCUGGAGUACUUUAUAAGAGAGAUUCAAAAAUAAUCUAAUCGCUUGGUUUGUCAUGCUUGUGAAUGGCAGGAGUGUUUGUUCUGCACUUGUCAUGGCCAUUUUGUUGAACUGGGCAUUAUUUUUAUUGUGGUGCUUUAGAAGUGGAUCAUGGGUCAUGGCUCUUUGCAGAAAUGAACCAUGUAUUUGGCACUGUGAUACACCGUGGCAAAAGGGUCCCCACAUUAGCUAUACUGUGUGAAGUGUUAUUCAUGUUCUCUGCUCCUGAGGUACUUUGGAGCAGUCUCAAGAAGCAGGGAAGUUAAUGCAGGGGAAACACUUAGAGGGUGAUGGAGGUUACCAGCAUGGCUUUGUAUAGACCCCCAUCUUUGCUAAGACCUUGUACUGAUUUUAAAGCAUAUACCUUAAAGAAACAUCAGAAGUAUCUCCCUGUGUCUAGCGUUACAUGCACCAGAGUAGGGAAGUUGCAAGAAGCUGUUGAAAUGAAUUUGCAGGGAGUUUCCUGACUGCUUCCUGUCAGCUCUGUUGGAUUGUGUUUAUGGGGAAAAGUUACCAAAAAUUCUGCCUCGAGAAGUGGCACCAUGAAAUGCACAAAUCUCCGGGAGACCAAGCCCACAGCAGAGAGUGUUUCCACAAGAACAUGCAGUCCCGCAGUGGAAGCAGUGCCCCCCAGAGGCUGGGGCAUCUCCCUGGAGAUUGGUGAGCCAGGAGUAGGCAAAGCCAUGGUGGUCCUAUCCAGCAACUGGAGAUAGUCCUGCUUCAAGCAAAAUGUGGGACUAAAUGACCUGAAGACAAACCUUUCAGGUAACUUGGACAUGGUUUUAAUUAAUUAUUUAAUUAUUUAUUUAUUAAUCCCAUUUUUUAAUAUGAUACAGAUCUAAGCACAAACUGAUACUAUCUCCUUUAAAGAUUGUUCAGAGGCAAUAGCACUUGAAAACAAAAUGAAGAGCAUAAGUGGUGAGAUUUCAUAAGUUUAUUGUUUCUAACCACUUUUAGAUCUUAAAAGUGCGAAGCCAUAAAAUUUAAAUAAAUGCAGUACUUUUUCAGUCAUUUACUUGUGUUAGUAGGCAUGGCUGCAAAAAUGUGGCUGAUGUUUGUACAAUACGGUGCUCUUAAGUAACUGCCUAAGCUAAUUCUGAGCAGAGCAGCUCGAGUACUUGUUGAUGCACUAUAUAUGUAUUGCAUCAUCCCUUCAUUUUUAUGAAAGGUACCUUGAUGUUGCUUUGAAGAAAAACUGUGUUUGGAUUUGAAAGUAGGCUGGGCCUCCAGAGCCAUGCUCCCUGUAUACAAACAAGAUGCUUCUUCAGGGAGGAGCUAGGGCUAGAAACUGGUCCAACCUGCGUUGAAUUCUGGUUGUUCAGACCACUUAAAGAGCAGUUCACAAACAGGAAAGAGUUAAAACCGAGUGAAAUUAGCUGCUUUGUGGGCCAGGGUAUCCAGGCCGACUGGCAAUUGUGGCAAGAAGCCCUGUGCAUGCCAACCUGAGAGGCCUGUUUGCAGGGUAGUUAGCUUUUACAUACUGGCAUCUUGCUAUAGAAAAAUAAGAAUUGUUUUGAGGUUUGUCUUUGCACCUUGUCCUGCCACUCAAGAUUAAAUCUCUCAGACAAAACAAGCUGUUUGGGAGGCGGACCAAGAAUGCCUUUACAGUGAAGAAAAAUAAAAACACUCAGCCAACUGUGAUUAACUAUUGAAUGCAAAACACUCCCUGGGUUUUGUUUAUUUGUAGACUGUGGAAAAAGCUCACAAACGAUGCCAUGCUUUCAGUGUGAAAACACUUCAGCCUCUGCAUGCUCUGUUCCUGGGGGAAGGAAAGGAUUUUGUCCAAGCUGCUUUGGGAGAUGGCUGUUUUUUUUCAUUUCUCUAAGUGUUGUUUAUUUGAUUUUGCAAAGGCGAUGUACCCAGUUUCCUCCCAUUGUGCAUAUUCCUGCCCCCAGCUGUUCGCACCUGAGCUGGACUUUGUCUUCCUCCCCUCUCACUCCACUGGGCUGGACAGGCUGGGAGCACCCAGCUCAGGCACAGUGCUGCCAGAUGCAGUGGCACGCACAGAAUCCUGCUGUCUUCCAAAAGCACUCCCCAUGAGCACAGGGAAAAGUUGUCAUUAAAAUUAAAAAAAAAAAAAAGAAACAACUGCCUGUGAGCAAUUGCUUAUUGCUUGCUGGCAGCUCUGAGCAUCCCCAAGCUUUGAGGCAAUCUUUGGAAAUGACAGCACACAAGGAGCCCAAGCCCUUUGCAGUGUGCUUCAUGUGUGUAUUUACCUGUGCAUCGUAGUAAAUGACACUGUCCAGGUGUACAGCCAGUUUUAGGUUUCAGGGAAGGGAGAGAAAGUGGGUGCUGGCAGCCAGAGAGGGAGGGAGCAGAGGCUUGUUGGCACUGUGCCGCUGUGGGCCUGGAACAGCACUGCUGGGUAUUGUGUUUGUGCUGGAAGGGCUGAAGGUGGAGGCGAGUACGUGGAAUUGUUCAGGAAUGCUCUUCAAGGUCAAGGAAAUGCAGAAAGUUUACAGUGUUAAUUGGGAAAGAAAAACAGGAUUAUUAAGACUCCUUUGGCUCCUGUUUUCUAAAUUGCAGGAGUCAAGGCGUUUGUAUUUUGUCAUUAACUUAUUAGUGCAUUUUAUAUGCAGUGCAGGACAGGUCUGUUGGGAAUUUUAACACUAAAAGCUGUACUUUCAUCCCUCCACGGCACACUGACAUAACUGAGCUCUCUGAAGGAAGGACCAUAGAGUGCAGCUUCUUAACAUUCGUUAUCAGUUGAGUGCAGAUUAAAGCACAGGCUCUGCAAUGGUGCCUUCUGGCAUCACAGUACCACACAUUUCAUGAUGAGGGCAGAAUCAGAGCUCCUCAGUCCCAACUGUACAGGUUGGGUCUUCCUCACUUAAGUAGUAAAACUGCGAAAGGGGCAGUCUUAACAGCAGAACAGACAGAAACAGGCAAUGAGAUUUGGCCCAAACAGACUCUUGCUUAGGAGCCAUUUGCCUUCUAUGAAAUGUGAGCAGUAUGCAGUUUUUUAAAUGGAGGAUUAGGUGCUCCUGUGGUACAGCUUUUUCCUCAGGCUUGGGCUAGAAAGCCUUUUGCUCCAGUUACUGCAGGUGUCAUCAGGACACACCUGUAUGCACAGAUAUGUGAGAGUUUGGUUUUUUUGUGUGGCUUUUUUUUUUUUUUUUUUUUUUUUUCUUCUGGGGCUAUUUAGCUGAUUUUGUUGACAGAAAAUAUAAAGCCAGUUCUGGCCACUCCCUGAAGUCACAGGGAGCAGACUGCCAAAUUAACUCUUCCCAUCAUCCUAUGUGACUCUUUAAAAACAAACCAGAAUCCAAACCCCAUUGCAGCAGGUUCUGUGCAUGUGAGCAGCAGAACUGAUAACAUCUAAUCAGCCUCUUUGCCAAGGCAAGACAGCAAGAAGUUCUUGCUUUAUAACAUUAAAAAUGCUUUGUAGUUAUAUAGGACUUUUCAUGUGAGGACAUCAAAGUGCAGUACAGGUAUUAAUUAAUUAAUUAGGUUUCACAACACCCUUGUGAAGUAUUUGUGUCCAUUUUACAAACAAGGGACUGAGGCAGAAAGCAAGGAUGUGAUUUGUCCAGGGUGCUCCGUGGCAGGACAGGAGCCAGGCCCAGCCGUGCUGCAGCCAGCAGCAUUGCUCCCACGCAUUCUGGGGCAGGGGGAAGCCAUGUCCAGUGUCGCUGUGAGAGUGGGAAAUGGCUCUGUCCUCAGCCUGAGCCUCUCCUGCCACAUCCCACUGGCAUUUCCUGGGAGCAGAUGUGCCAGGAAGAGCAGUGCAGAGGCUCUUGCUGCCCUUGCUCUGUCUCUGCAGCCACCUGGCCUGUGCCCAAGCUGGCACAUCCCAUCCCACAGCCCAUCGCCAGGACAGGCCCGGGAGGGCAACAUAGGAAUGGCACAGGGCUGAAGGUAGUGCCCUCCCCGAGAGACUUGAGGCUCUUCACCCCGCUCCAUCACCAGCAUGGCCGUGCCCUGAGUCACCAGGUGCAAGGUUUCAGUCCUUCAGACUACUGCUAAGAGCUGGAAGUCUCUAGACUCUGGUUGGGAAUAGGCAGGGUUUCUCCUGGAGCUCACUGUCAACCAUGCAAGUAUCACCCACCUUGGCUGGCACCACCCAGGGCCAGGACGCUUCUUCACCCGCCUCUUGGGAGGCUCCAGCUGAUGCCAGGUGUGCUCAGCACCCAUCUCCUGGUCACCUGCAGGAAUGGGCCCUGUGGGAGGCACCAGUCCCUGCCAGUCUUGUCAAAAACAAGGAAGCAAAGGAGCUGCCACCACAGCUCUGAUGUGGUGGAGAGGAGCCACCAUGCCAGCAGAGCUCCUGGGGAUUCCCCUUCAGCUCCAAGCAAGGUGCCCAAAGCCAGUAGGAAAAGGGGUAGUGCCCAAUAGCUCUACCUCCUACAAAACCUCCCAGUGGGAAGCACAAGCAUGCCUGGGAGAGAGGUUUGGGUGAGGGAAGCACAUGGGUCUGGGGCUGAGGGCAAGUGGCCGGACUGGAAGCCUCUUUCCCAACAGCAAGGAGGUGGGGAAGAACUUGCAUGGUGCUGCUCAGCUGGCCUGCUCCAGCAGCUAGGUAUUCUGGCCUCUCAGGAAGCUGCCUCAGAGCUCUUUGAUCACCAGAGAGAAUAAUGGAAAAAAUUUGAUUUAAUAGAGGUCAAAUUAACAUAGAUUCCAUUGGGGAAAAUCUUAAAAUAGAAGAUGUUCCUUAAAAAAAAAAAUUAAGACCAGAUGAGCCUUGUCCAACUGAGAAGCAUGAAAUGUUCUUCCUAGUAGGUUGUGGUUAUUUUGUAAUAACCAUGCAUUACACUGAUAUGCCCGUGUAAUUGUGUGCAGGGAGAACAGGAGUAGUGUGUAGUAUAGAACUGCCAGACACCCUCAGCUACCAUGAAGUAAAGCCUAUUCAUAGUGGCCCAUGUUUUUCUGAUACAUCAGUAAAUCCCUUCCUUGUGUCAUUUUGCUGAGCAAGACCUCUUCCCUCCCCCCACCCCCCCCAAGCUUUGAGCCCAUAACAUCUCAUUUUUUCAUUCACUCUCCUUGAAUCCCUAAUGCUUAACUGACUACAAACAGUUUGUAAAUGAAUGAUGCCAGAAGACAAUGUAGUAUCAACUUUCAUCUCUCCUUAAUCUCAUCCAAAUUUUUGGUGUUUUGACUGAACUGAAAUGUGGAAAUUCCUCUAAAAGCAUAACUUAAAAAAAAAAAGACAACAGAUCCAGUUGGCCAAGGUAUGGUCUUCAGGCCCCAGUUCAAAUACAGCUUUUAAGCACUUGCUUAACUUACUAAUUGAAGUCAAUGGGAUUUCAAGCACUUUGCUGAAAUAGGAGAUUCUGUGGACAAGGUUUGUGCCAGUACGUUUGUAAUACAGAAAUAAAGCGGUGCCAGGUUUA